AUGUCCAGCGGCUGGACCAAGUUCCUCCCCGUGCCAGUCUUGGUAGCGGCAUUGGGAGCUUUGUACUCGAAUCCGACCUACAUCGUACCCUUUUUGGACAAAUAUGGUGGGAGGUUGUCGGAUUUUCAACCUGCGGUUCAACAUUUACACCAUGGUGCUUUGAACAACGACAAGUGUUGGAAGAAUCCUGUAGGACAAGCUUGUGAAGAUGUCCGUAUCCAUCAAGCUUCAGGAGAGGCUUUCCUAGCAUGCGGAUAUCCAGAGACACGAAAGGUGUUUUAUCCACCUCUCAAUCUACACGAUACGGUCAAUGCACAGACCUAUCGAGAGUAUUUUUUGAAAUACGAUAUCAAGACCAAUACCACCGUCCCUUUGAAGAUUGAAGGAUUAGAUCCAACUCAUGAUUUGGUCUUGCAUGGUAUUGAUAUCUUCGUGCCUGAAGACGAUAGUUCAAUGAUCUACCUGUUUGCCGUCAACCACGGUCGUCGAGGCGAGGAAAUCCUGUUGUUCUCUCAUGUCUUGGGUUCAAACACUCUCACUUUCGUUCGCGAGUUCAAGCACUGGAAGAUCAAGACGCCCAACGCGGUGGCAGCACUCGGUCCAGACUCUUUCUUCAUCACGAAUGAUCACUACUUUUACGGAGGGGCUUUCGGUGGUCUUCUCAGGACUUUUGAGGAUAAAUUCGGUCCGUGGAAAUGGGCCACCGACGUGGUCUAUUGCUCAGCGGCAGGUCCUUCUCUCGAAUGCAAGACAGUGUCACCGACCAACGCACACCCUUAUGCAAAUGGAGUGAUUGUGGUCGACGACGGCAAGACAUUGAUGGUGAAUGACGUGAUUGCGGCGACCACCACCAUUUACGCCAUUGAUCCAGAGACCAAGCAACUGACCACCAAGAAGGUCGUGAAACUGGGUGCGGGAGCAGACAAUCUUUCCCUCAUCCCAGAAUCCGGAGAUGUUGUCGUGGCCACAUUCCCCGAUAUCGCAGGCCUCAUGGGCCGCCUUCAUGAUCCACUAAACGCAAAAUUGCACACCGAGGCAGCAGUUGUACGUCUCGUAAAGAAAAAGAACUACGAACCUGAACUUUUGUAUUGGGAUGAUGGUGCACAGAUGAGCGCAUUGACCGGAGUGGCUGUUGAUCCUGGAUCUGGUAAGCUGAUUGCAGGCAGCGUGAUUGAUAAACAUUUCAUUGUCUGCGAUAUCAGUGGCGCAGGCUUGUAAGACAGGGAGGUGUUUAUAGCAAGG